CGAGGAGCUUUGUCACAAGUAGUCGCAAUGUCUGGACGCGGUAAAGGCGGUAAGGGGCUCGGCAAGGGAGGCGCAAAACGCCAUCGCAAGGUGCUGCGCGACAACAUCCAGGGCAUCACCAAGCCCGCCAUCCGCCGCCUCGCUCGCCGCGGCGGUGUGAAGCGCAUCUCGGGCCUCAUCUACGAGGAGACCCGCGGCGUCCUGAAGGUCUUCCUUGAGAACGUCAUCCGCGACGCCGUCACCUACACGGAGCACGCCAAGCGCAAGACCGUCACCGCCAUGGACGUGGUCUACGCCCUCAAGCGCCAGGGCCGCACUCUCUACGGCUUCGGAGGCUGAGCGCCCAUCUCUCGCACACUAAGCCAACCCAAAGGCUCUUUUCAGAGCCACC